CAUCUUCCCACCAAUCCGGUCACUCAGCCGCGGAGUAAAGUAAUCACAGUUCCGUAACAAUCUAGCCGAAGCCACGAGAAGAGCACACGACGCCGGCCUUCCCUUCCCCCCACGUUUCGAAUCAACCUGAGCGAGCUCCUCUGACCAGCCAGCCAACCAACCAACUACAAGCUCCUCCCGAAGCCUCCGACGGGGAACCGGAGGCGCAGCGGUGCCGGCCUAGGCGCGCGAGGAGGGGGCGGCAAGCGCAUGGCGUCGUCGAGGGUGUCGUCGUCGUCGCCGGCGCACACGGCGUCGGACCUCGCGCGCUUCGCGGCGGCCGCGGGGAGGCCCGGCGGCGGGAGCGGGAUGGGGUCCAUGAACGUGGAGGAGCUCCUCCGCGGCAUCUACGGCGACAUCCCCGCCACGCCGGCGCCCGACCGGCCGAUGUCGCCCGUUCCACCGGCGCCUCAUCACGACACCGCCGCGCCGCGGACGGCGGUCGAGGUGUGGAAGGAGAUCACCGGCGGGAGCAGUGGAGGGGAGGAGGCCGUCGUUGGCGGGGCCGCGGAGAUGACGCUGGAGGACUUCCUGGCGCGGGAGAGCGCGGGGAAGCUGGACGCCGUCGGGAUGCCCAUGCCCGGCCCGUCCGCGGCGUUGGAGGAGCAGGUGGCGCUGGGGUUCCAGCUGAACGGAGAAGAGGCCGCGCGCGGCGGCGGGAGAGGGAAGAAGAGGCAGCUGAUGGACCCCAUGGACCGCGCCGCGAUGCAGCGGCAGAAGCGGAUGAUCAAGAACCGCGAGUCGGCGGCGAGGUCGCGGGAGAGAAAGCAGGCCUAUAUAGCCGAGCUCGAGACCUUGGUCACGCAGCUCGAAGUGGAGAACGCCAACCUGUCGAAAGAACAGGAGGAGGCAACCCAGAAACGGCUGAAAGAGCUCAAGGAAAAGGUGACUCCAGUCAUCAUUUCGAAAACACCAUCGCAAGAUCUUAGAAGAACAAACUCAAUGGAGUGGUAGACAUGAGCAAACCUCAGUACCCGUCCUCUUACAGUUACAUAGAUUUUGAUAAGUUGUCUGUCAUUCUUGUAUUUAUUGGUGUUAACUUAGUUGUUGUAACUUCACGGAUAUAUUCAUAUAUCAUAAAUAUUUAGGUGACAACUUAAA